AGCCGCUUCUUUUUCGUGAGUCUACGGAAACGCGAGCGAAAGUCACGCCCGUGGGGAAAAAAUAAAACCACAAGUCCCAUGCGCCGAAGCGAAAGGAGAGGUGGUGAGAAAGGGGGUCGGAGAAACAGGUGGGCUUUGUUCUGACGGGAGGAGUGGCUGGUUUGGAGCACGCGCGGGGCUGAAUCCUGAUCGCGCGCGGUGAAUGAAAGAGGCGGCGGCCUGAGAUGACCCGUCGGGCGAGUGACGGUGGAGAGCAGAGGUCUGGCCGGGAGAGCGGAAGCGGCCCUCUCGGAGAUAUCCCAUGCUGUCCCGCCACGUUCACAGGCUGGUUAGAGAUUGGGUCUUUUACCGGAAUCAUCUUCAAAGAUAUCUCCAGAAUGCUCAAGCUUUUCAGUGCCUAAAGUGUGUGGAGUACUAUUCCUGGGCUUGCUACCCACAUUUGAAUCUUCAGAAUUUUGGAGAGAAUUGGAGACUUCCCCUUUUCUGGAACUUGCAACUUUCUCCCAAUCUCUGGCAAAACUAUUCCAUUCAUUUUUGUACUGCAAAAAUGAAAUCCGAGGACUGUGAACCAGUUUUUAAAAAAAGAAGAGAGAGCGAAGUACAGGACAUUAGUUGCAGUGUUGAAAAAAAGAUAAACGUAUCUUCUUUAAAUGAAAAAUCAUCAUCUCCGCUUAAAGAAGAAAACACUCCAAAACUAAAAAGAUUGAUCAAGAGACAUUGGGAAUACUUUUGCCAUCAAAGUAAAAAAACAAUUAUUGGAGACAAGAUGCAGCUCAGCCAAGAUGAUAAAGACCCACAGGCCACAUUUGAUUUUACUGUAAUGUCAUAUAACAUUCUUUCCCAGGAUUUAUUAGAAUACAAUCCCCACCUCUACAAACACUGCCAGCAGCAAAUACUAGCUUGGAAUUAUCGCUUUCCCAACAUUCUUGCAGAUAUCAAACAACUUGAUGCAGAUGUACUUUGUUUGCAGGAAGUCCAAGAAGACCAAUAUGGAGUAGAAAUCAAGCCAAGCUUGGAAGCCCUAGGCUAUCACUGUGAAUACAAAAUGAGGACAGGACAAAAGCCUGAUGGCUGUGCCAUAUGCUUCAAGACCUCCAAAUUCAGUCUUCUUUGCUCCAAUCCUGUGGAAUUCUUCCGUCACAAUAUCCCACUUUUGGAUAGAGAUAAUGUGGGGCUAGUUCUGCUCCUGCAGCCUCGGUUUUCCUAUAAAGCCCCCACAGCCAUCUGUGUGGCCAAUACACAUCUUCUGUAUAAUCCAAGGCGGGGAGACAUUAAGCUAACCCAGCUAGCCAUGCUCCUGGCAGAAAUUACCAGUGUUGCCAUUCGUGAAGACGGGUGUUUUUAUCCCCUUGUCAUCUGUGGUGAUUUCAAUUCUGUCCCUCAUUCUCCUCUGUACAAUUUUUUGACAGAAGGAAAGCUGAAUUAUGAAGGUCUGGCAAUAGGAAAAGUGUCUGGCCAGGAACAGUCCCCAAGGGGCAAUAGGAUACUUAAGAUUCCCAUUUGGCCUCAAAGCCUUGGUAUUUCUCAGGAUUGUAUGUACGAGGAACAUCAGAAACGCCUAGUAAAAGAAAGAGAAAGCAAAGACACUAAAGAUGCAAAUUUAGAACAGUCAGAAGAGAUCCUAAUAUUAGCAAAAAGAUUGCCCACAGAUUUACAUCACCGCUUUCAAUUGUCUUCAGUCUAUUCUCAUUAUCUGCCUGACAGUGGAGUUCCAGAAGUAACAACCUGCCACUCCAGAAGUGCAGUGACUGUAGAUUACAUCUUCUAUUCUGCAGCAAGGGAUGAUGUUACUCAGGAACCUGGAGCUGAACUUCUUUUCAGUGGAGGACUGAGUCUUCUGGGUAGACUGUCAUUGGUAACUGAGGAAGAUCUGUGGGGAGUCAAUGGACUUCCUAAUGAAAGCAAUUCCUCUGACCAUCUCCCUCUCCUGGCUAAGUUUAGGCUGGAAGCAUAACUUUUGGAUGAAAAUAAUUGGUGUCUUCUCUCUCCUUCUCCCAUCUUAAUUUUUAUCAAAACCAGCAAAAAUGACUGAAGAUAUUUUUUAAAGAUCUUCUGUAAAUUAUCGAUAUCAUUCACAUAAAAAAAGCAAGCUACUUUUACAGAAGGAUUUCUUUUUUAAUAAAUGAAAAUAUUUGUGUUGUAUUUAAAAAUGUAUAUGUAAAUGUAUAUGUUUUCACAGAAGUGGUAUAAAUUACUUUUUAAAAUAAAAAAUAUUAUUGCUAUGCUGGGAUUUUAUUAGCAUAAUUUUCUUAAUUUUCAAGGUGAAUAAUAUAAGAACACAUAUAUUCUGCUAUGGAAACAGAGCUCAGGGUAUCUAUGAGGAAGCCAUAGAUCGUGCAGGUAGAAACAGAAAUGGUACUGCUUCCCUUGACAAGGAAAGGCAGCAAACAACAAAACCACCAUUUGUGUGGAUAGUUAGCAUUACAAAUAAGUCAGGGACUACUUUUACUGCCAACCCACCACUACUAUAAUAGCAUCUCAUCCCAGCCUUGUUUCAUAGAUCCAAUUGUUGGUCAAAUCACUUGAGGGAUGGUUUACAAACCUGGCAUGUGAGACAGCUGUUGGACACAUACCACCUGUCUUAGAAAGUAGGAAGGCAACUGUGGAUGCUCCGUUCAUUUAAAAGACAUUAUAAUUAUAUACAAAUAAAAUAUUGCUAAGUACUGGAGAUCUUAGACAAAAUCUUUAUCAAAAAACCUGUUAUCCUGAAAUAUUCUCUGAUAAAGAUAUUCUUUUGGAUGCCAAGAUUCAGUAUUUCUGCUCAACAAGAGUCCAGCAGAUGAUGAUGAUACGCACAUAUUUUCUUUUACAAAGAGCAGAGCUAACUAACUGCAUUUGAAUACUUACAGCAAUGAGAAGGAUGUAGCUAAUAUAUUUGUUAUGAAGGUUGCUAAGUUAAAAAUAAAAUCCAGACUCGGUUCUUCCCUAUAGAGAAUUGGUUGAGCAGAUGGAAAUGCAAUUCAUUAGUUUAAUCAUCCAAAUAUAAUUAUCGCUCUGCACUCUGAAUGCACCUUGGGGGAAGAUACUUGCUAGCAGCUUAAUAUGACACAUGUAACAUAUGCAAAUACGCUUUGGAUUGUGUAGCUCAUUGAUAAAAGGCAGCAUGUUUUCAGCACAACCUAUUUGUACUGAAUGUACCCUCGUGCUGUUUCUGUUUCGGGUUGUAACCUAAACUUUACUCCCUACCCUUAUGGUAGAAUUUUUGACUUGCUGCUUUGAUUGCUGAAGCAAUCCUAUGAACAUGUUGGUGUGGAAUGGCAAUAGCGCAGCAGUUAAGCAUAUGCUUAGCAGACCCAAUUUCCAUUUUUUAAGUAUCCCUGAGAGAUACCAAUUGGAACUGUUGCUUGUCGGUAUAAACAUUGCUGAUUUAGAUUUGUAUUUACAAGUGCAGAUCAUAUAUUCUAAACACUCAUGAAAGACACACACAUGGACAGGCAAUAAAGUAGCAUUUUGCAAAAGUGCUUUUUCCCCUCAAUCUUUCCCAGCAUUAGGCUCUUCUCUAGUGAGUCCUUCCUUCUCAUUAAGUGGCCAAAGUAUUGUUGGAAGAAAUAUCCAUCUGGGUUCAGUUCCAAGUGGGGACAAAGACACUGGAAACAUGGAGGCUGCUUGGAAAGAUGGUUUAAUGGUGGUCAGGAUCACAUGGCUUGAGUUCCUGAACAGAAAAGGGAUGAGAUCCUGUGCGCUCCCUGGCUUUAUGCUUUCUCUGAGCUUUGAACUUUCUGGGGCACAGGAAGAGUACCCUGAUUGGCUGUCAGACUCCCAGGGGGUGGGGGUCUUAGCUAGCCUUGCUGGUUGAUAUAAUCUUCCCAGGUGUCAUGUGGUGAGUUUCAGUUGCUAGAUAGGUCCUAUUGUGUUGCAGAUGAUGGCCCAUUGACAAAGGUGGGGAGAAUAAGUUUCUACCUUUGACCCAUUGACAAAGGUGGGGGGAGUCAGGAAGCUGCUUUGUCUUUAAAACAUGUUUCUCCAUUUCUCAUCCAGGGAAAUGUAUUCUGCCUUUUAAAUAUUUUCUAAAAUAUUUCAUUCUUCUAGGAGGGGGGGGGUGCUAAAUUCCUACAGUAUUUCAGUUUCAUCUUCAGGAUCUGACCUUCUAAGGAGCAGUCAGGGUUGAUCUCCUCUAGGACUGACUUGUUUGUUCACCUUGCAGUCCCUGGGACUCUUAGGAGUCUUCUACAGUACCAUAGUUCAAAGGCCUCAAUUCUUUGGCGCUCAGCCUUUCUUAUGGUCCAAUUUUCACAGCCAUACAUUGCAACUGAGAAAACCAUAGCCUUGACUAGACGCACUUUUGUUUUCAGGGUGACGUCUCUGCUUUUUAGUACACUGUCUAGAUUUGCCAUAGCUUUCCUCCCCAGGAGCAAGUGUCUUUUAAUUUCUUGGCUGCAGUCCCCAACUGCGGUGAUCUUGGAGCCCAGGAAAAUAAAAUCUGUCACUAUCUCCAUUUCUUUCCCAUCUAUCUGCCAGGAAUUGAUUUUGUAAAUUAGUAAAUCUUAAAAUGAGAGUCAGUUUGAUAUAGUGGUUAAGGCACUAGAUUAGAAACUAGGAGUCUGCGAAUUCUAGCUUUACCUUUAGGCAAAAAGCUAACUGGGUGAUUUGGAACUAUAUAGCUUCCUAUAUGUCAAGGAGAACCAAUAUUUUUCCAUGAGGGGCUAAACUUUUUUGUAAAAUUACUAAUAAAUAAGCUGUAAUAUGUAGUCUUGUUUUGAAGGAAGUUUUAAAAUUUUAGUACAUGAAAUUGGUGUUCUAAGGCAAUUUUCGUGUGCCUUCAGCUCAGUUUUGAAUGCCUGAUGACUCCCUGGACUAGUUCUUGCAGUUUUCUUAGCUUAGUUUUCUUUCUGCUGUUGCCUUCUCCUUAGGAUUGAGAAAGAAUAACUGGCCCCAAAUCACCCAGUUAACUUUUUGCCUAAGGUGAGGCUAGAAUAUGCAGACUCCUAGUUUCUAAUUUAG